CUUCUCUUCCUUUCUUUCUUCUUCAAUUCUCAACCUCCAGUAGCACUCAAAUACAUAUCAUUCAUAAGAUGACGCUAAAACUGAAGCCAACACUUGAAGAAGUACAAGCUAUCGUUGCUGCGAAAAAGGGCAAUACUAUUCCGAUUUUUGCAGAAUUAGAAGCCGACUUUUUGACACCUGUUUCAGCGUACCUUAAAGUUGCUGAUCGUUGCGAUUACUCUUUUCUUUUUGAAUCAGUAGAAGGAGGAGAAAAUAUCAGUCGCUACUCCUUUAUAGGUGCAGAUCCUUAUAAAUUGAUCAAGGUCGGACCCAAAGAAUCUAUUCAAGGAGACCCAUUAAUACCUAUCGAAAAAGAGUUGGCAAAUAUAAAAUAUGUAAAAGUGCCCGGUUUACCGAGCUUUACAGGCGGGGCAGUGGGUUAUAUAGGCUUCGACUGUUUUCAGUAUUUCGAGCCUAAAAUUCAGGGCGAAUUAGCGGAUCCAUUGGGCAUUCCUGAUGCUAUCUUCAUGAUGUGCGAUACCCUGGUUGUUUUUGAUCGUGUGCGCCAGGUUGUUAACGUUGUCUCACAUUAUAGAUCAGAUGCUACCGAUCCUCAAGCUGUUCAACAUGAAUACACUAAAGCAGCUGAAGAAAUCGAAACAACAUUAUCUCUUCUCACUCAAGAACAUAUCCCUCAAGUUCCUCAGAAACCUAUUCAAUUAGGCAAUGUGGCCAAAUCCAACGUGGGUAAAGAAGGGUAUAUGGGAUUUGUCAGCCGCCUCAAACAUCAUAUUAAGGAGGGCGAUAUAUUCCAAGCCGUGCCUUCCCAACGCUUAGCCCGUCCUACUAAUUUACAUCCUUUCAACGUUUAUCGCCAUUUACGAUCUCUCAAUCCUUCACCUUACUUAUUUUACAUGAACUUGAAGGAUUUCACAUUGGUUGGUGCUUCUCCUGAAGUGCUCACCAAAGUGGUGGAUAAUGUGGCUUUCACUAAUCCCAUUGCUGGUACGAGGAAACGCGGCAAAACAGCUGAAGAAGAUAAGGCAUUAGAAGAGGAUCUGAUUAACGACCCAAAGGAACGUGCAGAGCAUGUCAUGUUGGUUGAUCUGGGAAGAAAUGAUAUUAAUCGCAUAUGCAAACCGGAAACAGUGAAAGUUGACAAAUUGAUGGAAAUAGAGUACUAUUCCCAUGUCAUGCAUAUUGUAUCAAAUGUGUCCGGGAAAUUAAGAGAUGAUAAGACAGCGUUUGAUGCGUUUAGAUCCAUUUUCCCAGCUGGCACCGUAUCAGGUGCGCCCAAAAUCAGGGCUGUUGAAUUGAUCCGUGGAUUAGAAAAAGAGAAACGAGGAGUUUACGCAGGCGCAGUGGGCCAUUUUGAUUAUUCGGGCGAUUUAGACACAUGCAUUGCGAUACGUACAAUGCUUUUCAAGGAUGAUGUCGCCUAUUUACAAGCAGGUGGCGGUAUUGUAUAUGACUCGGUGGAAGAAGAUGAAUAUCAAGAAACAAUGAACAAAAUGGGAUCCAAUUUGGCAACAAUUGAUCAAUGUGAAGCAAAAAUUUAUGAGCAACAACAACAGAACGCGAAAUAAAAAGUUCAUCUUUUGUACAAAUGAAGAGUUACUAUGGCAUUUAUUUACAGCCUAGAAGUCCAUUUACCUAACAAAAAAUUACUAUACAAUUGUCAUGGUUGAUCUCGAAAGAAUAUAAAUGCAAACCUAUACAUAUCAAUAAUGCAAAAUUAACGCUAAAAUAUCACGGGAGAGGGCGAAUGG